UGCACAUUUGCAUAAAACAGAUUUAAAAUAUGAAUGCAUAUAAUUGUAAAAUUUACGGGUAUAACAUGAAACAGAACCAAAUAAACGUGGACAUAGCAUAGAAGAGACCCAAAAAGUCAUACACAUUACCUAUGGGAUUCAUAGGUAUUUGACUACAUAGUUCAAUGUGCACAUUUUGUGCACAUAGAGGCGCUAAUGUAUAAAAACACCUUGGACUUGUUCGCGUUACUUGUACUUUUUGAACUCGACAUUUUCGCUUUCUCUUUCUCCAGCGCUUAAGUAGAUAUUUAUCUCGUUGAAAGUGCACAAAAUUUUGGGGAUUUCAAGCAACGCGAACAAACCUCUUAAAACGACGCGAUGACCGUUCUCAGGUUCCUCUCUGGUACAACGUAAUUUCCUGAUACCCCUUAAUUUCCUUCUGUCGUAUUAUACUAAUCUAAAGAGGGGAAUAGUGUGUGACCAUCACUUUAAGCUUCCUGUUAAAAAAUUGACGAAUAGCAACAUGAGUUACGAUACUUGCAUUGUAAAUUAUUUGACAAAGCAGUUUCUCUGCUGUACUGCGUUAAUUAAAAUGAAUUUUAUGGCAUCAGAUGAACACGAAAUUUGUAAUCUCAAUUUAGAGGUCCAAAAGCAAAUUUUGGAUAAUACAAUAAAUAGUGAUUUGAUCAAACGAUAUCCGAUAAAAGGCUCAUAUCAGAAAGCAUUUUUGAAAUUACUUAUGCAAAAGAUUGAGGAAGGUGGUAAUGAAAUUCACGAUGAUUUAUACACAGCAUAUUGUAAACUGUUAUCAUUGCCAGAUGAUGAGUCUGUGCAUUAUCGGCAUUUCUUGAUAGAAAAUGGAAUGUUAAAUUGCAUCACUUUGAAGGAGAGCACCAACUUAAUCUCCGAAGGUACUACAGGCUUGUGUAGCUGGCAGGGUGCUGUAGUGUUGAGUCAAUGGUGCAUAGAAAACAGAGGACAGUUUUGUGGAAAAAAUGUAUUAGAACUUGGCUGUGGAGUUGGUUUGACUGGGAUGAGCGUAAUUAGCGUAUGUACUCCGAAGCAAUACAUUUUCUCCGAUUGUCAUCCAAUAGUAUUAGAUAUGCUUUGUGAGAAUGUAAAACUCAAUUUCUUAUCAAACGAGAGAUGCCAACUAUUAAAUGCAUCUGAGGCAAUGUUGAAAUUACAAUUGCAAAUAAAACACGAACAAACCAAUGUUCAAGUGAUAGACUUAAGAUGGGAGGAUAUUGAAAAAUACCUAUCAGAAUGUUUGUCACAGCCUGACAUAAUCAUUGCUGCCGAUAUUCUGUACGAAAGCAAUUCGUUCGGCUCGUUGACGUCGGGAUUAAAGCGUCUCUUAACAUUAAAUAAUUAUGCUAUUUUCGCCGCAACAGUUCGCAAUGAGGACACUAUUUCACAGUUUUUGGAGCAUUUAGUAAAUUACGAUCUUGCUUUUGAAGAAUGCAGUUUACCAAAACGAAUUAUGUUGAUACAAUCGAUUGAUGUUCCUGUUCGAAUAUUGAGGAUUUUUCAGAAGAUUUGACAUUAGUUUAAUUCUAAACUUGCUGAUUUCUAUAAUUUGGCAGACGUUUUUGUUUAUUUAAUUAGGAACCAAUCAGCAGGAGUAAUUAAACGGGAGAGUUUAUUAAUAAUCUUAGCAUAAAUUCUUACAUAUAUAAAUAACAAAGUGUUAAAAAUACAUAUAAAAGUAUUAAAUAUAAAAUAUUUU